AUGAUGCUUCGAUUGGCGCUUGUGGCCCUCAUCUCACUCCAGAGCGUUGUUGCCCAGCAAGCUGAGUGCGAUGGCUAUGGCUACGGCCCGGAUGUUUUGACGACCCAAUUGGGAGUGGAGAUGCCCCAGAACUGUUAUGAGGAAGACGAGACUGGCAACACGCGUUGCUACCACACCUAUGUGCCUCCCUGUGCCGAGGGCAAGCCCAGUCCUCUUCUCAUGAUUCUUCAUGGCAGUCAAAGCUGUCCUGUUGUGAAUGCCAACGAAAAUGGUUGGAUCCAAAAGGCACAAGAGGAGUGCUUUGUCAUCGUUUACCCAUUGGGGAACAUGGUUCAAUUAUCGUCCUUUGAACUCGAAAUGAAUUGUUGGGAGGUCCCUGGAGGUUUGAACCUGCCGCCUGCACCCAUUCCCGAUGGCCCAGUGGCUGACCCUUGUUGUUGCUCAACCGAGGAAACGUCGGUUCCAGGCAGCGUGGACUUGGACUUUCUCCACAAGGUAAUUGAAUCCGUGGUAAUGGAAGAAAUGGUCGAUGUGUCCAGGAUUUAUCUCUCGGGUCACUCCAACGGCUGCAUCUUGGCCCAUGCAUAUCUUCGCACCUACUCGGAUAUUGUGGCGGCCAUGAGCUGUACUGCCGCCCCUGCCAUUACGCCUAUUCCAGACUCGUACAACCCUACUCCACAACUAAGCAUUCGAGGUCAGUUGGAUGAAAUUGUGGCUUAUGACGGAUUAUUCAUUGAUGACUUGUUGUUUGGGGAGUUCUUUAUCUUUCCAAGUGCUGAAGCAUGCUUUGAGGAGUACUUGGAAGCGAAUGGAUGCCAGGGCCCAGAGGAUGCUGAUUCUACCACAGUAGCCGUGCCUGAAAUGGAUCUCCCCGGUGUGACUGCCACAAUGGAACAUCGCAAAGGUCGGGGUUGCGCGGCUGAUACCGAGCUGGUCAUUCUCAACACGGCAGGACAUGCCAUUGUCAACAAUGACGUUGAAGACAACCCACUAGCUGCCACUACAACCGUGGAUAUCACUUCUCUCAUGUGGGACUUUGUGGCUCGUCAAUCUCGCAGUGAACCUGCUCCGCUUACCACGACUGCUGCACUUACCGCCACUGUGGACGCAGGAGGAAAUGAAACAGACACUGCUGACGGUGAGCCAGACAUGGCUGACGCAGGAGGAAAUGGAGCAGACACUGCUGACAGUGAGCCAGACAUGGCUGAGGCAGGAGGAAACGAAACAGACACUGCUGACGGUGAGCCAGGCAUGGCUGACGCAGGAGGAAAUGGAGCAGACACUGCUGACGGUGAGCCAGACAUGGCUGAGGCAGGAGGAAACGCAACAGACACCGCCGACGGUGAGCCCACCGCUGCCAAUGCAGGAGGAAACGGAGCAGACACUGCUGACAGUGAGCCAAGCAACUCUUCUGAUAAUACAGAGGGCGAAUCCAUUGGAGUUGUUGGUGCGGGGUUAAAUGCAUUGGUUCUUUCCCUUGCUUUGCUCUGCUCCUUCUUGGCCUACUGAGGGCAUCAAAAAUUGUGGCACCGUUCCAAGAAUAAUAAAGUCGUAUGGUUCUACUUGUUGUUACACCACUUACGACGAUGUAAUACGAUAAAGAUAGGAGAACCCAAUACGUCAAUCGUUCGGUUCUACUUGUAAAACUGCUUUCACCUAAACCUAACGGGUACGGUAGACUACGCCUGUUGCAUUCCGGGUAUUUUUGAAACCUCUUUCUUGCAGCACAAACCAACCAGUGAGUGUGGAAGCAACCGUGGGCUCAGGGAAUAGCAAGUAAGUUUCACACUGGUUGGCAAGUGGUGCACCAAGGCCCGAGUUACAAAAGUCUUGAAACGACUGGACUCUCCCUCGAAGGAACCGCAACAGCUUCGUAGAAGAGAAGGUGAACAGCUUCGU